UCUACUGUAAACUCGGUGCUCCAUCAGAGUUAGGUGAAAUAUGUGGAGAAGGUACAUUUGUAAUAAAAAUAGAUUUUGAUAGCCUCAGUAUUCUGCAGUCAGUAUGAUAAGCAAGAUCCUAGUGCCUGAGGGAGGAUCCUUCAAGAGCCUGAAAUAGCCCAGUCAGUAAAGCAUCAGCCUCUCAGUUUGAGCAUCCAGGAUUUGAAUUCCUAAUCGGAUACAGGCAGUGAUGUUUAUUACUGCAAGAACAACUGAAUGCCUAGUAAUAAAUUUUGAUCCUUAUUUCCCAGGUGAAAUGCUAAGGCGUCUAAGAAAUCAGCUGGCACUCAAAAUGAGUGUCAAUGCUAAAUGACUUAUAUUAAACACCAGAUAUUCCAGCUCUUACCUCUCCAAGACUCUCAGGGAAUGCAAAAAGGAUUUCCUGUGUAGAAAGUGUGAGGGUUUAACUUUUAAGUAGUUUAAUGUUAGAGCCAAAGAGAAGGAGAUAGCAUUUCAGGCAGAGGGAGGCUAUGUGAGCUCAAAUAUUUUCUCUUGUGCUCUUGUUUAGAGUAUGAAAAUACUGUGUUUAUGAGUACUUGAGAUUUGGCAUCUGCUUUUUGGAAAGCAGCGAUUCUUCCUAGAUAUUUGGAUGGCUUGAUUUGGGCACGCCCUUCCCCCUGAACACACUGGGUAGACAGACAUACCACAUGUAAACUUGUUUUUCCUUUUUUAUAGUUGGCAGUGGAUGUCAAAUCUUUUCUCUAGGAAAUGCAUGACCUUUUAUUGUGUUUCUUUUGCUUGGUUGGUAAUAUGUUCUCUUUUCCUUGCCAAAGAUAAAGCCACUAACCCAUCUAACAGGCAAGAAGACUGGGAAUACAUCAUCGGAUUCUGUGACCAGAUCAACAAAGAGCUUGAAGGGCCACAGAUAGCUGUGAGACUCUUGGCUCAUAAAAUCCAAUCGCCACAGGAAUGGGAGGCAGUCCAAGCCUUGACAGUGCUGGAAGCUUGUAUGAAGAACUGCGGGAGAAGAUUUCAUAAUGAAGUGGGGAAGUUUCGCUUUUUAAAUGAGUUAAUAAAAGUCGUGUCUCCAAAGUACCUGGGAGACCGGGUCUCGGAGAAGGUGAAAACCAAAAUCAUUGAACUGCUGUAUAGCUGGACAGUGGCACUGCCAGAAGAAUCCAAAAUCAAAGAUGCCUACUACAUGCUGAAGCGACAAGGAAUCGUUAUGUUUGAUCCUGUGAUUCCUGCAGACAGAACCCUGAUUCCUUCUCCACCACCUCGUCCCAAAAACCCUGUGUUUGAUGAUGAGGAGAAAUCCAAGCUUCUAGCCAAACUAUUGAAAAGCAAAAACCCGGAUGAUUUACAAGAGGCCAACAAGCUUAUAAAAUCCAUGGUAAAAGAGGAUGAGGCUCGGAUACAAAAAGUGACAAAACGCAUGCACACGCUGGAGGAAGUGAAUAACAAUGUGAAGCUGCUGAAUGAGAUGUUGGUUCAUUACAGCAAAGAGGAUUCAUCAGAAGCUGAUAGAGAGCUCAUGAAGGAGCUCUGUGAAAGGUGUGAAACCAAAAGACGGACGUUGUUCAAGCUGGCCAGUGAGACAGAGGAUAAUGACAGCAGUUUGGGGGAUAUUCUGCAGGCCAGUGAUAAUUUAUCCCGUGUGAUAAACUCCUAUAAAAAAAUAAUAGAGGGGCAAGUGGUCAAUGGUGAAGUGGAUCUCCCUGCGAUGUCUGUAGCAGAAGGGAGUGACUCCACAAGUAAUCUCAACACCCUCAUUGACCUUGCUGGAUUGGACGUCACUAGCACCCCGCCACCUCCUAUGCCACCCACCACACUGACGCCAGCCCCCCCACUAGCUCCCCCCCCAGCAGAAAUCCCCAUUCUCCCGCCUCCUCCCCAGACGUUCGCUCACUCCCGGAGCAGUUCCUCUAGCCAAGUGGAAGCCGCACCCGCUCAGCCGAGCAGCACGGCCAAUUCCCUCUCCUUGCUGGAUGAGGAACUUCUGUGCUUAGGCCUGAAUGAUCCAGCCCCUGCAGCAGUGAAGGAGACAUCAGAAAACAACCAGUGGAGCAUGUUUGAGAAUGACCAGUUGGACCUGGAUUUCUUUGGUCCGAAGAUGGCGACUGUUGCUUGCAACCCUGCAGGGAACCCCCUUCUCCAUCAUACAUCACAGCCCGCAUGUGGGACAUCAGUGACGCUGCCCUCUGCUUUCACAGCCUCUCAGACUGCUCCCAGCAUCCCCGCACCAAACUCAGCCCCAUUUGUGUUCUCUGCUGGACCGGCUGCCCCUGUGGGGCCCCUUAAGACUAUGCCAGCUGCUCCUGGGUACUUCAGCUCAGCUGUGGGAAACAAUAUGUCCAAUAAGAUGGAUGCCCUGGGACAACUCCUUGAAGAAGUCAAAGGGACUACCACCCAAACCACCCAAAGCAUGACUACACCUUCAUUGUUCCCUGGGGUUACUUUGCCAGCCACUUCCACCCCGGCCCCGUUAAUAGCCCCGGCAGGGCUGCCAGUCACUGCCCCCGGAGCCCCUCCAAUUCCUUUCCCAGGCAGCUGCGCUGCUGGCUCAGGAAGCCCUCUCUUCCAGUCAGCAUCGUUCCAGCAGCAAGGCAGCCCCAUGAAAGCACCUGAAAUUUCUUUGGCCAACGUCCAUGUUCCCUUGGAAUCCAUUAAACCCAGCAGUGCCCUCCCAGUGACAGCCUAUGACAAGAACGGUUUCCGGAUCCUCUUGCACUUUGCCAGGGAGUGUCCACCAGGAAGGUCGGAUGUGCUAGUCGUCGUAGUGUCAAUGCUGAACACAGCACCCCUUCCUGUGAAGAACAUUGUGCUGCAGGCUGCUGUACCGAAGUCCAUGAAAGUGAAGUUACAACCACCCUCUGGUACAGAGCUGUCUCCAUUCAAUCCCAUCCAGCCGCCUGCUGCCAUCACCCAAGUCAUGCUUCUGGCAAAUCCUACAAAGGAGAAAGUGAGACUGAGAUACAGACUUACCUUCACGCUGGGAGACCAGCCCAGCACAGAGGUUGGCGAAGUGGAUCAGUUUCCCCCGGUAGAGCAGUGGGGGCAUCUAUGACCCUAGGACACUGCCAGAGACUCCGUGACAGGACCAGGAAGGGAUCCCACAGGACUGGAAUGAAUGUGACAUGGGGAGGGACACACAUGCUAUCCACUGGUGAUGUUCAGCUUUGUUUACAUGUCCUGACCACUCUGCUUGUAGCUUUAGUCCAGAAUGUUUUACCCCACAUUGAAGGGGUCCUGGGAAAUUUAUGCCACGCAUGAACUGAGUGGCAACCAGUAACAGGCAGUGCUGGCUGCUUUUUUCUUGGCCUCUGGGUGAAUCUGGUUCUAUCUUCCGCUCAAGUAGACUUGAAGUUGUUGUAUUCUGAGGGGAGACCUGUCAACAGAAGGGGAUUUAGUUGGCUCACUCCUGUACUGCUGUCCAGAGAUACCUAGAGGCUGGUAGGGUAAUGAUGCCACCAUGAGCUUCCUCAGUGCAGAGCCCUUUCUCUUGCUCCCCCUAGGACUUUUACCUCCUCAGUGCCAGGCUGGACCAGCUAAGCAUGUUGAGCAAUAAUGCUGGCUCCAUGAGGAAAUGCUUAUUUUUUACACUGAAAUGGCACUUUGCUCCCUCCUCUGUUUCACUCCCAACAGCCAAUGUAAGCAGACCCUAGCUCUGUGUUCUGUGAUGCUGCUGUAUAUUUAGUUGAUGUUUUUAUUUUAUACUGCUAGCUGCCCCCCUGUUGUAUCCGUUUUGGGCAGCUGGGCCUAGUUUGUAUGCAGUUGGCUGCACUGGUUAUUUUUCUGCCUUCAUUGCAUUCCAUGGUGUGGGGAAAAGAGGAAAUGUGUAGUGAGGAGGUAAACGCAACAGGGCUGGAAAGUAGCAGUCAGUAUUGGUGGAGGACAGCACCCAGAGUGCAGAAGAGUCUUUGCAACCGCUAAUCAGGUGCAGCGACUGAAUCCAGGGAUAAGGAGAGAGGCCUCUCACGUCCCCUCAUACAGGCAGUAUUAUUAUUGUAGUUGAACAGUGUUCUAUUGACAUGAGUACAAUGAAAUACAAGAUGUAAAUAAUAGAGCUAUAGAAUGUCUAAAUAGAAACAAGCAGACAGUGAAAGGAAAGACGGCUCCAGUGGGCUGUGAUGGUGCAUGUGCUGGGUUUAAUACCCUGUUUUGUUUGUUCCCUGUAUUAAGUGGCUAAGUGCAAUUGUCUCCACAAGGGGGAAAGCUGUUUUGCUGGAUACUAGUAUUCUAUGCUAAAAGGGGGCAGAAGACCUGAGCUCCCUCUAGCUAACAGUCACCCAGAAACUAGGUUUAAAUCACUGAAACUUGAUUCCGGUGAGCCCUUCCUUUUCCCUUUCAAUUUCCG